UGGGAAUCUCCCCAGUGCGCCUGCGCGCCGCUCAGCUUUCCCUGCGCCCAAACAUGGCCGAGCUGCUGCGGCCAAGAUGCUGAGGUUUUCCGCUGGAAGGGAGGAAAGAGCGCAGCCAUGGCUAGGCUGGCCGACUACUUCAUUGUGGUGGGUUACGACCAUGAAAAGACUGGCUCUGAAGGAUUCGGCAAAAUAAUCCAGAGGUUUCCUAUGACAGAUUGGAGCGACACCCCCUUCCCCCAAGGAAUAGAACUGUUCUGUCAGCCCGGAGGAUGGCAGCUUUCUCGAGAGCGGAAACAGCCAACGUUCUUUGUUGUGGUUUUAACGGAUAUUGACUCGGAUCGACACUACUGCGCCUGCCUGACCUUCUACGAGGCUGAAAUCAACUUACAGGGAAGCAAGCGGGAGCACAGCGAAACGGAGGAGGAGGAUUCGGGACUGAUCCAGCCUGCCCAAGUGUUUGCUCCCAAGAGCCUGGUGUUGGUGUCGAGACUAGACUAUCCUGAGAUAUUCCGGGCGUGCCUCGGCUUGAUCUACACCGUGUACGUAGACAGCCUGAAUGUGUCCCUGGAGAACCUGGUGUCCAACCUGGUGACGUGCAUCGUGCCAUCUGCCGGCGGCUCGCAGAAACUGUUCUCAUUGGGCGCGGGGGACCGGCAGCUGAUCCAGACCCCACUCAUCGACAGCCUCCCCGUCACAGGAACCAGCGUGGCGCUCCUCUUCCAACAGUUAGGCAUCCAAAAUGUGCUGAGUCUCUUCUGUGCCGUAUUGACGGAAAACAAAGUUCUGUUCCACUCGUCCAGUUUCCAGCGCCUCAGCGAUGCCUGUCGGGCCCUGGAGGCUCUCAUCUACCCUCUGAAAUACAGUUAUCCAUACAUUCCAAUCUUACCUGCCCAGUUGCUGGAAGUGCUCAGCUCCCCCACUCCGUUCAUCAUUGGGGUCCAUUCUGUCUUCUGCUCAGAGAUUCACGACCUGUUAGACGUCAUUAUUGCCGACUUAGAUGGCGGAACCAUUAAAAUUCCAGAAUGUGUUCAUCUCUCCCAAAUCCCGGAACCACUGCUCCACCAGACACAAGCUGCUCUCUCUCACGUGCUGCACCCUGACUUGGAAGUUGCCGAUUAUGCGUUUGCUCCGUUGCGCACCUCUUUGCCGCACGUAAAGUUGCUGGAUAAAGAAGUGCGAGCUGUUUUUCUGAGGUUGUUUGCCCAAAUAUUCCAGGGAUACAGGUCCUGCCUCCAGCUCAUCAGGAUCCAUGCGGAACCCGUCAUCCACUUCCACAAGGCCGCUUUCCUGGGGCAGAGGGGUCUGAUCGAGAAUGAUUUCCUGACUAAAGUCCUGAACGGGAUGGCGUUCGCCGGCUUCGUGUCGGAGAGGGGCCCUCCGUACCGAUCGUGUGAUCUGUUCGAUGAGCUGGUAUCCUCUGAGGUCGAGCGAAUAAAAGACGAUGAGCAGAGCGAUACCCACAAGAUCCUGAAACACGUCCGGGAGCUCGCCGAACAGCUGUUUAAAAAUGAAAACCCAAACCCUCACAUGGCAUUCCAGAAGGUCCCUAAACCCACGGAGGGUUCGCAUCUCCGGGUCCACAUUCUACCCUUUCCCAAAAUGAACGACCUUAAAGUGCAGGACCUGAUCCAGGAAGGGCUCAAUAAGAACCAGAAUGCCAUCCUGUCGCCCCGGGCGGAAAAGAAAUGCGUUGUGCCAGCCGGGUCGCCCGUAGUAUCAAUAGUGGACAAGAACACCUCAGUAUUUAACAGCGCACGGAGGCUAGAAGUCGUCCGCAAUUGCAUCAUGCACAUAUUCGAAAAUAAAAUUUUGGAAACCGAAAAGACGCUGCCGGCGGCGCUGCGGGCGCUGAAAGGAAAAGCCGCCAGACAGUGUUUGACCGAAGAACUGGGCCUCCAUGUUCAGCAGAACCGCGCCGUGCUCAACCACCAGCAGUUUGACUACAUUGUGCGGAUGAUGAACUGCACAUUACAGGAUUGCUCCGGUUCUGAAGAAUAUACCAUCGCUGCUCAGCUGCUCCCCCUAGCGACGGCAUUCUGCCGGAAACUGUCGGCGGGAGUCAGUCAGUUCGCCUAUACCUGCGUCCAAGACCACGCGGUGUGGGCCAAUCAGCAGUUCUGGGAGACCACGUUUUACAAUGAUGUGCAGAACCAAGUGCGUUCCCUCUAUUUGACCACAAAAAACAGUAAUCAAGGAGCGUCUGAGCCCAAGGAAAAUGGGGUUGAAUCUGGAAACCCGGAGAGGACGGUUAUGGACCUGGCGGCGGAACAGUUGCGCCUGUGGCCAACGCUUGGCAAGGAGACCCAGCAGGAGCUGAUCCUGAGCGAGGAGAGCACCGUAUUCAGCCAAGCCAUCCAUUUUGCCAACCUCAUGGUGUACCUGCUGGUCCCGCUGGACACAAGCAAGAACAAACUGCUGCGCACCUCCGCCACCGGGGACUGGGAAAGCGGCAGUAACAGCAUUGUCACCAAUAGCAUUGCAGGGAGUGUUGCCGAGAGCUACGACACGGAAAGUGGAUUUGAGGACUCUGAGAACGACAUUGCGAAUACAGUGGUUCGCUUCAUCACCCGCUUCAUUGACAAAGUGUGCACUGAAAGCGGCGUAACGCAGGACCACAUCAAGAGCCUGCACUGCAUGAUCCCUGGGAUUGUGGCGAUGCACAUUGAAACCCUGGAGGCUGUGCACAGGGAAAGCAGAAGGCUCCCUCCUAUAAAGAAGCCCAAAAUCAUGCGGCCGGCCUUGCUGCCCGGGGAAGAGUUUGUGUGCGAAGCUUUGCGGGUGCUCCUGGACCCCGACGGACGAGAAGAAGCCACCGGGGGGAUGCUUGGAGGUCCUCACAUUCUACCAGCAGAGGGUGCACUGUUCCUCACAACUUACAGGAUCAUAUUCAAAGGCACGCCCCAUGAUCCACUAGUGGGAGAGCAGACGGUUAUACGCAGCGUUCCCAUUGCUUCCAUAACCCGAGAGAAGAAGAUAAACGUGCAGAACCAGCUUCAUCCGAACAUGCAGGAAGGACUGCAGAUCCGCUCCGCCACAUUCCAGUUAAUUAAAGUGGCGUUUGAUGAAGAGGUGAGCCCAGAAAUGGUGGAUUUGUUCAAAAAGCAGUUGAUGAAGUUCCGCUACCCGCUCUCCAUCUUUAGCGCCUUCGCUUUCGCCGCCGGCCAGACGGCUCCUCCCAUCAUCUUGCCGAAGCAGAAGGAGAAGAACACGUCCUUCCGAACAAUCUCAAAAACGAUCGUGAAAGGUGCCAAGCGGGCCGGAAAGAUGACUAUCGGGCGCCAGUAUGCUGCUAAGAAGAAGACUGGCACAAUAUUAGAGGAGCGAGGGAGCCGUUCUGGGGGCAACGAGGAUGAUGAUAUUUCAGUUUCAGAUGAUAACGAGCUGCCGAGCGGAACGUUAAAACCCUCCGAAAAAUCCACGAUGGAGCAGCUGGUGGAAAGGGCGUGCUUCCGAGACUAUCAGCGCCUCGCCCUGGGAACCAUUAGCAACAGCUCCACCCGCUUCAAGUCGGAGCACUUCCGGGUCACGGCUCUCAACAGAAUGUACUCGCUAUGCAGAAGUUACCCAGGUCUGUUGGUCGUCCCUCAGUCUGUGCAGGACAGCAGCUUGCAGAAGGUCGCCCGAUGUUACCGCCAUAACCGGCUGCCCAUCGUCUCUUGGAAAAACUCCAAAACCAACGCCAUGCUUCUCCGAGCUGGGGGCUUCCAUGGGAAGACGGUUGUCGGGCUCUUUAAAUCGCAAAACACACAUACAGCUGCACCGGCCUCUUCCUUAGAGUCUUCCAGCAGUAUUGAGCAGGAGAAGUACCUACAGGCCUUACUCAACGCUAUCUCUGUCCACUACAAGAUGAAUGGGAAUGGUACCCUCACCGUUAGACCAACACUCGCUCUGUCACCAGGCAGUGACCGAAAGGCGUCAAGAAUGUCCAGUGUGGUUAAACAUGUUGUCCCUAGCCACGUGGAUGGCAGUCUGUCCCAUAGCUUUGCACGCGGAGUCCUUGGGUAUAGGGAUAAGCUUUUCCCCCAUUCCAAUCCCAAAUCAGCUACUAUGGCACGAAUGGAGAAUCCAGGUGUAUGGGCAAGUCUACGCUCGAGCAAUCGCUUAAUCACCACCCAGACGCCUCUUAUUGACGUUGGUGCCCGGCUCGUGGGCAAGGACCCCCCGACUCCCUACACUGACCAUUCUGCCCUGCAAAGCCAGCUACUCAAGCGCCAAGCUGCCCUCUACAUAUUCGGCGAGAAAUCCCAGUUAAGGGGGUUUAAGUUUGACUUUGCUCUGAACUGCGAGUUUGUACCAGUGGAGUUCGGGGACCUCCGACAAGUGAAGGCGAGCUUUAAAAAGCUGAUGCGAGCUUGUGUCCCCAGUAGCAUCCCUACAGACUCUGAAUCCACGUUCCUGAAGGCUUUGGGAGAAUCGGAAUGGUUCCUGCAGAUUCACAGGAUAAUCCAGCUGUCCGUCAUCGUAUCAGAGCUCAUGGAAAGUGGCUCCUCCGUACUGAUUUGCUUAGAGGAUGGAUGGGAUAUCACUACCCAGGUUGUGUCUCUGGUACAAAUCCUGGGAGAUCCUUUCUACAGGACCCUCGACGGUUUCCGCAUGUUGAUUGAGAAGGAAUGGUUGUCGUUCGGCCAUAAGUUCAGCCAGCGCAGUAACCUGUCGCCCAGCAGCCAAGGCACCGGAUUUGUACCCAUUUUUCUGCAGUUUUUGGAUUGUGUCCAUCAGAUACACAAUCAGUACCCGACGGAGUUUGAGUUCAACCGAUACUAUCUGAAGUUCCUGGCAUACCAUCACGUCUCCAACCGCUUCAAGACCUUCCUGCUGGACUCGGACUACGAGAGGCUGGAGCACGGUACUCUGUUUGAGGACAAAGGUGAUAAACACUCAAGGAGAGGCGUUUGUAUCUGGGAGUACAUCGAGAGGAUACACAAGAAAAAAACCGUUUUCUUCAAUUACCUCUAUGCUCCAACAGAAUUAGAGGCAUUGAAGCCAAGUGCCAACAUCUCAACCCUGAGAAAGUGGGAAUAUUACAUGGAGGAAACGUUGGCUUCGGGGCCUUCCUAUGACUGGGUCGUAACCCCUUCCCGAUUCAACAUUUCCGACGAGGCCGACUCAGGGGAGGAGACUCAGCAGCAAGGGAAGAGGAAAGUGGUUUGGCCGUGUUACGAUGAUGUCCACAAAGUACAGCCUGACGCCAUCACUCACCUUAUGAACGAGAUCGAGAGGCUGGAGAGCAAGUUAAACCAGAGCUCGGAGAGGUGGCAGCUCCUGUGGGAGAGGGCUAAAGUCAGGCUCAAGGAGAACGCAAAGAAAGAGAUUAGUGACCCAUCGAGCCUUGUCUCGGCCAAUUUGCAGUCCUAUCAGAAGAGAUCAAUGGUGCAUCUCCCUGAUAGCGGGCUGGGAGACGAACAGAACCUCAACGCUUCGCCCUCCAACGGAGUCGAUAGAAGAACUGCAACACUGUACAAUCAUUUUACCUCAAAGAAUGAGGAGAACAGGUCAUAUGAAGGCAUACUCUACAAGAGAGGAGCUUUGCUGAAGGGCUGGAAGCCUCGUUGGUUUGUACUUGAUAUAACAAAGCAUCAGCUGAGAUACUACGAUUCAGGGGAAGAUACAAGCUGUAAGGGAUAUAUUGAUCUGGCCGAUGUGGAAACAGUCAUCCCUGCAGCCCCGACUAUAGGAGUGCCAAAGCAUGCCAACGAGAAGGCAUUUUUUGAUGUAAAAACCAGCAAGCGGGUAUAUAACUUCUGUGCUCAGGAUGCUCAAAGUGCCCAGCUGUGGAUGGACAAGAUACAGAGCUGCUUAUCCGACGCCUAAUAACAAGGAAACGCUAAAGAAAAGUCCAAGAGAAAAAGAUUGGGCACAUCAUCGCCUUUGUAAACUAAAUACCCCAUCAAUUACUGAGUUAUAUGGUUCGUACUUACCCACCCGAAGGCAUAUGGGGUAUACGCAGGAAUCAGCUAGAGAAUUGUCAGUGGCAGCACAGGGAGCCCUAUCAUGGCUUCCCAUAUGAGUAUUAUUGAUGUAAAAGCACACGGUGGCAGAAUCUGGAACCCUCCCACUUUAUUGCCACGGGAGAUGCAACUGAACUGGGCCGGUGACGUUCCCAUCUUACCUUUUCAGUUUCUGCCAGCUUGGCUUUACUGGGUUAUGAAAUCUAAAAUAUUUUGUGUUUACAUGAGAAAUUACAUUUUUCCCUUUAGAUAACGGAAUGAAUUACUGCAGGUAGCCUGGGUCUAGCGUAAGUGCAGGGAGUCAAAAUGGAAAAAAUUGGCUCGCUUAGAACUGGAAGAUUGCAAUGCUGGAACUGCCUCCCUUUAAAGCUAAGGAAGUGCCAAGUGCUCGGUUUAACGUAUGGUAGAGAAGGCUGGAAUCCAUUCCAUUACAGCCGGCCUCUCAUCCUAAAGUGUGGUGGAGAAUGCGGAUAGUUGGUAUAUGGUGGAGAAUGCGGAUAGCCGGCAUAUGGUGGAGAAUGCGGAUAGCCGGCAUAUGGUGGAGAAUGCGGAUAGCCGGCAUAUGGUGGAGAAUGUGGAUAGCCAUCAUAUGGUGGAGAAUGCGGAUAGCCGGUAUAUGGUGGAGAAUGCGGAUAGCCGGCAUAUGGUGGAGAAUGCGGAUAGCCGGUAUAUGGUGGAGAAUGCAAAUAGCCAGUAUAUGGUGGAGAAUGCAGAUAGCCAUCUUAUGGUGGAGAAUGCGGAUAGCCGGUAUAUGGUGAAUGCGGAUAGCCAUCAUAUGGUGGAGAAUGCGGAUAGCCGGCAUAUGGUGGAGAAUGCGGAUAGCCAUCAUAUGGUGGAGAAUGCGGAUAGCCGGUAUAUGGUGAAUGCGGAUAGCCAUCAUAUGGUGGAGAAUGCGGAUAGCCAUCAUAUGGUGGAGAAUGCGGAUAGCCGGUAUAUGGUGGAGAAUGCAGAUAGCCAUCAUAUGGUGGAGAAUGCGGAUAGCCGGCAUAUGGUGGAGAAUGCGGAUAGCCGGCAUAUGGUGGAGAAUGCGGACAUCCAUUCCAGUACAGCCGAGCUCUCAGCUUACCAUAUGGUGGAAUAUUGUGGACGUCCAUUCCAGUACAACCGGCCUUUCUACGUAGCCAUUGCACAUGCUUCCUCCUCAGUGUAAAUAAGGUAUAAAUGCACUACCCCUUACAGCAAGCACUUGCACUUAUUCCAAUGAUGUACCGCAACGUCAUCAAGAAGGAAAAAUAUGACGUGAAACAUUUGGGCAUGUUCAGGAAUUUGCAAAAAAUGAACCCACUAUGUACAUAGUUUGUUUCCAAUGUGAAGUGAUUCGACGAGUAAAAAAAAAUCUCUCGUCCUACAAAAACAGACGGCGCCCGCAAUCCCAAAGGGGGCGUGUCUUGGCCACAACCACUUCUGAUAUCCUCGACUGGAGUAUUUAGCUAGGGCUUUCGAUGUUCAUUAUGGUGACCUUAUAUUUCAAGGUUUGUACUGUAUAUAAAUAAUUUUUUGUAUUUUCAGAUGUUUCGGAGUCAAACUUGUAAUUUAAUAUAAACGUGAUCGGGGGUUAAAUUAACCAGACUGACCUUGUUACAUAUAAUCCCUUUCUUAAUCACCUUUUCUUAAAGCCACUGGGGGGUUUUUUUUUCUCCAAAAAGUGCCGAAAACUUGAAAUGAAUUUCCCUAUAGGACCAAAAGUUGUUUUUGUUUUUUUUUCCAAAAUGGCCUCCAACGUGAAUUUUUGUAACACUCAGUUUGUAACUGUAUCACAUUGAAAGAAAAACGCCCCUUUUUUGCACAUUUGUAUUUUUUUUUUGUAUAUGAAGUACCUUUUUACGUACUUUGUAAUAUACAGAAUCCCAUGGCUCAUUCGUUCACCCGCGGGGGGGGGGGAAAAUACGCAACGGUUUAUUUUUUAACUCGUUUUAACGGUUUUAUGUAUUUGUUAAUGAUGUGUCUGCUAACCACCUUGUAAUAAAUAUACCGCUGAGAGAAGUGCUGUAAAUAAAUAUACAGACUACA